AUGGUGGUAAAGCCAAUUGAGAGAGCCAGUGUGUGUAUAACAGCCAUGUCUGCUUUAUCUAAUAUUGUGGAACCUAUGUUCCGUUUUGCUGAGAGAAUUGGUAAUAUGAAUGCUGAUUACUUCAAUUUGACCUACGAGGAACAGAAGGCAAUGUCAUUUUUCGAAAGAGUUAGAGCUUACAAUUGGCAAUUUGAAGCGUUCGCCGUCGGAAUGAUGGUAUUGAUCUUCGUUUCUUUCAAAUAUGGUACUAUGACAAACUCUAGCCGUGCUAGUAAGUUAUUUGGUUCCAUCCACGAGUUUCUAAGAAAUGAUUUAAAUUUUGCCCGUGUGGGGUUUGCUACUGCUACCAGGAAAACGUACCUGGAUGCCCAUUUACAAACAUGGUUCACUUCUUUCGCUACAGGUCGUUCUACAAUUGAAAGUGUUGCUAUCAAGUGUCACCUUUUAGGCCGUCAUAACCCUCUUGCUAUCUUAGCCGAACAUAUCAUUCGUCUAUGUUUCCCAACUCUGCAAUACGGCGACGAAUUGAAUGAUUAUGUGGAGAUUUCUAUCAAACCAAAUGGUGUCUACGUGGCAAAUGAAAAUGCCAAUGUUAACGGCAAUGCCAAGGAAGUUCUAUCUAACUUUAAAUUCAUUACUUCGAUUGUCAACAAGUCAUUCAUGACUAAAGUUCGUCGUGAUAACUUCUUCCUCUCAUUAACCUACGCCUCUGAAAAUGAAAAGUUACCUAAGGAAUACGCCUACAUGUCUGAAAUCAAUCAAUUGAACGAUUUCAUUCCAGGUUACAUCUCCAAAGGAAAAUUAACUGAAGUACUAGCUAAAUCUACAAAUUUGCUACAAUUUAUCAGCUUCACAGAUUUACCAUCCGAGAAACCAGUUGAUGAGCAACAAUGGAAUGCUAACAUUGAACCACGCUGUGUUAUUCGUGCCAAUGUUCCAACCAAUUCCAAAGAUUUGAAAACUUUGAACGAUAUUAUCGCCAUUGCUGUUGAAAUCUACGACAACUUCACCCGUGAUUUAGUUCAAAAGAAAGCCAGCACUCUAGUUACCUCCGAUAUCUUAAGAAAGAAUAUCAAUUUCCGUAAUCAAGAGUUACAAAAGAUCAUUAAGUCCGCUAAAGAUGCUGAACUUGAAAUCAUCAAGGAACAACAAAGAGAAAUCGAAAAGGAGAAGAAACGUGAAUUGAGAAAGACUGGCCAACAGGCAAACAUCGACCAAAAGAUGAAAGAAAAGAGGGAAAGACGUGCCAGAAACAAACAAAAGACUAGAAUGUAA